AUGAAUCUUUGCCACUGGGAGUUUUCAAAUUCAACUAGGCAGGCGGCAGGCAACGGCGGGUUUCCGUUACAUCCCACAACUCCAGCGAACCGCUCAUAUUUCAUUCCGCAGACAACUUGUCUAACUCUCGUGUUUGUCUUGGUCAUAAGUCUGACCCGACUGGGCAUCUUCCGUAUCAUGGGUCAACGUACGCUUCAUGUUGAUUUGAGAAAGAUGCACGGAGUAAAACUGGAUAUCCACAUUGUUGUGACACCCUCCCCCCAAAUAAGGCAUCCGCAAUCUCCUAGGGAAGGGACACAUCGAAUCAAGCUCCAAUUGCCACAGGCCAAAAUUACGUCCACCGCAGCUCUGGGAGCCAGCUUAUCUACUACCACGAAAUUCUGCCACCCUUUCCCUCCCUUGCCCGACCGAUCGUACGGCUUCGCAAUCGGAUUCCAGUUACUUUCCUGCAUUGACGCGAAGCUGUCCCGUCAGCGCAGCCGCCCAAAACCCAUGAACCCCUAUUAG